UGCAUUCGCGGAAAAUACUUGUUCUUGACACUUGUUACGUAGAAAAAUACGACAAAGAUUACUGCUCAUUAACGUCGUGCGCGUUUGAUCACAAGCCGUAUUACAGCGUUGAAAAUAAAUGCUAAAAAAACGUCGAUAAGUAUAGAAUGUGUACGGGUUAAAAAUUUAACGCGUAUUAUUAAUAUUAUAACGCGUUGUUAAUCUUCUGUGUUGCAGAUAACAACAGAAUGACUGCUCAUUAAUCGACGAAUAUUUGCAUUUCCGUUUCUCGCCAGUGACUGCCACUGUCAAAUUUGCCAAAGUAACUGGAACGAAUCGUAUCGCCAAAAGUGACAAUAAGUGAGUUUUGCUCCGAAAAAAAAGAGAAAGAAAGAGACAACGGUUGGAAUUCGUUCGGAUGAGGAAAGGCUCAUUUUCGCAGCGAGAUCGGACGUAGCCGAAACAAGAGAAGAAUCGCAUCAGCGGCGGAUCGUCGUAAUCGAGUGGGCAAGCCGCCGACAAACAAUAGGGAGAUCUGGUAGCGGCUUCCGAUGGGGUCGUAACCGCCGUACAGCGCGCGUAUUCGUAUAUCGCGAUGAUAGGCUAGCCGGUAGCGGCAGGAAGAGAUCGUCGUAGGGGGAGAUCGCCAUAGCUAAUCGUACCACCCAAGGUGGCAUAGAUUGAGAGCCCCAUCAGCAUACAUCCUCUCCUAGCUAACGAGAUACCCAGCGUCCAUCUAGUUCGUACGCGCAUCGUUACCUCGCAUCGACGACGGUGUUCCGUGCAUCAACUUUUCCGGAAGCGUCCCUCGGACAAUCGAUUUGCGAUUUAAUCCGAUUCAGCGAAUCGCUAAAUUGCAUUCCGCUUGUAAUUGUAGUGAGAAAAAAAGGAGAAAGAGAAAGAGAAAGGGGAAAUCGAUCGGGAUUAGCGUUUUAAUCGACGUUGGAGCGUCUCAUCUGCACGCGUCCUCGACCUCUUUUUCUUAUCGUCCUUCGCUUCUCAUCCCUCUCGGCUUAAUCUCUUCGUCGUCACUACCACGACGUGCAUUUAUUCCCAAAGAAACGACGACGCGAGAGGGAUAAAAAGAGGGAGAGAGAGAUACAGAGAUUUGCUCUUAGUGCCCCUCGACGAUACACAGCUCCGGUGAUCUUCUUCCCCACCGGGACGCUCGCCGCUUCCGGCUAACUGGAAGUGACGCUCUAUGUAAACGGUUUUGCCGAGCGGCUCUCAUUGGAACGCACAGGACAUAGGAAGCGCAUCAUGGAAGUAGCGAGCGAGUUGUCGCCUUUGUCGGGGUCGGAGAAUCAGGGCAAGAUCAAGGAAAGGAGCUCGUAUUAUCCUCAGGAACCCAACAAGAGGCCGCCAACGAGAGGGCAGAAGGUGCGAACGUGCCUGAGACAUAAUGCUCUAACUAUACUGACUGUGUGCGGCGUAUUUGGCGGCGUGAUACUCGGCAUAAUCCUGCGAUAUUCUCGAGAAAAAUGGACGCCGCGGGAGAUUAUGUACAUCAAUUAUCUCGGCGAUCUGUUCCUGCGGAUGCUCAAGAGUUUGAUCCUGCCGUUGAUCAUUUCGAGUCUGGUGUCGGCCAUUGGAUCGCUCGAUCUGUCACUUAGCGGCAAAAUCGGCGCGCGUGCGAUCGGUUAUUACGCGGCCACGACCAUCUGCGCGGUUAUAUUAGGUAUAAUUCUCGUUGUUUCGAUCCAGCCUGGAGUUGGCAGCUCCGCUGCGCAGACCACGAAGUCGGCGAGAAAUGUUUCCACCAUCGAUACGUUGAUGGACUUAGUUAGAAAUAUGUUUCCACCAAAUCUUGUGCAGGCUUGCAUCGCCCAACAUCGAACCGAGCCGAAGCCACCGGAGAACGCUACUAAUGUCCCCGUGGAUGAAUGGGAACUGAAGGAGAAAGAAGAAUCCGGCACUAACAUUCUCGGACUCGUCGUAUUUGCAACGGUGUUAGGCAUCACCCUCGGUAAAAUGGGACCGCAGGCCAAACCGCUGUUGAACUUCUUCGAGUCGCUUUCCGGCGCCAUGAUGUUGAUCACCAACUGGGUGAUAUGGUUGUCGCCGAUCGGCGUGCUCUCCCUGGUCGCCUCUAAGAUCACGGAGAUGAAGUCGCUGGACGAAGUGGUCGCCCAGCUUGGGAUGUACUUCUUGACUGUGGUGAUCGCCCUUCUUAUACACGGCUUCCUAGUGCUGCCAGGGAUGUAUUUUCUUCUUACAAAAAAGAAUCCUUACAUCUAUAUAUCGAACAUGGCACAGGCGCUUGUCACUGCCUUUGGCACGUCCUCGAGUUCGGCGACAUUACCGAUCGCCAUCAACUGUCUCGAAGAGAGAAAUGGCAUCGAUCCGCGUGUCACUAGAUUCGUCAUGCCAAUAGGCGCUACCGUCAACAUGGACGGUACCGCUUUGUACGAAGCUGUGGCUGCCAUUUUUAUCUCGCAAGUGCGUCAAAUUGGUCUUUCCUUUGGGCAGCUGGUAGCGAUAAGUAUCACGGCAACUGCUGCCAGUAUCGGUGCGGCUGGAAUUCCACAGGCCGGAUUAGUAACAAUGGUAAUGGUGUUGGACACGGUUCGACUUCCGGCCAAUGACGUCUUCUUAAUCAUCGCGGUCGACUGGUUACUAGAUCGAUGUAGAACGACGGUGAACGUCAUCGGCGAUUCGCUCGGUGCGGGAAUCGUGCAGCAUCUCAGUAGGAACGAGCUCGCAUCGUUGCCACACAAUACGCAGCAGACACAAAACGGAGCCGAUUGUCACGCGACCACGUCGAUAUGAGUUGUCAUUCGCUAAUCGCGGCCUGUGUCUCCUUGAUCGACGAUUACGAAAUCGCUUCGCGAUCGACCAACCACGGCAAACAUAUCGACACUUUUAUCGUGCGGUUUAUCGUCCAUUUAGAAAUGUUGCCAUAACCGUUUGAAUUUUGAAAAGAGUUCCGAAAAACCGAUCGGUUUUAACAAUAUAACGAAUAAAUAAAUUAAAAUUUUAAGAUUAAAACAAAAUGUAAACAAAUUUGUGGAUAACAAUAUAUAUAUUACAUGUUGCAGCCAUGUCAUGUAUGAUUUUUAAUUUUCGGAUUUUUAUAAGUUAUUCUAUGGAGAAUAUUUCGAGUAUAUAAAAUAUAUAUAACGCAAUAUAUAUAUAUUAAGAAAGAUAAAUGUAUACAUCUUAAUAAGUGUACAAUACGACAAUGGUCGAUGAUCGCGAGAUACGAUCUUGAUGAAGUGUUCUUGUGUACUCAAUAAGUGUUCUGUUUUUAUCUUACAAUCAAAUAAUCGGUUUAGUAUUAAUUAUCCCAUAUGAAUCACAAACUCUAUAAACAAAGGGAACAAUAAACCUGUAUAUCACUCUAUUAAACGCCACAUUUAUGACAAAUGCACGUGAAAUGCGACGUGUAAUCUCUUUUUCAAUUAUCUUGAUAUACAAGUACCGUAAACAGGAUUAUUUUUAGUAGCAAUUGACGCUCAUUCCGCGAUAUAAAUCAUAUAUAUAUACGUAAUGAUAGGGCAAUCAGAUAUAAGUUAUCAACGCAUAGCUCGCGGUGCGAGCAACGAGCGUUCUUCAGAUAACUGUGGAAUAAUAAGAUGUGCUUGAAAUACUGAAUACUUUUUAACUUUAGUAAUCGUAGACCCAGUUAAACGAUCUUGCUUGUAAAAUAUAUAUUUGUCUUCCAUUUUCGCGUUUGACGAUAAUUACGCUUGAUAUAAAACGUGUAUGUUGCAUGUUACAUUUUAUUCGAACUAUAAAAUCCGCAGUCCACUUUUUUUGCAAAUUAUGCAUGUACCUUCUCUUGAAGUGCAUUUAUAAGAUUGCGGUGCUCAUAUGAAUUUUACGAAGAGCGAAACAUUUUUAGUAGUUUGAAAAAUCAACUUUAUUAUUAUCUGACAAAAAAUCAAAGUUUUUAUUAUUAUUUUUUAUAUGAAAAUAAAAAUGAGAAUGUAAAUUUUAAUCAUAUAUUGUUCCGCGGCGAUUAGGCAGCUUGUGCCAUAUAAUAUAUAUCGAAAAUAGAUUUUAUAUUUAUUCGAUAUCCAGUGAAAAAAGCAGAUGUAAUUCAAUAAGUUUAAUGCCAUAUUAUCAGCGAUUAGCUAUGGGACUUGACCCUUAAGUAUGAAACGAUGUUGGUCAUUUCGUCUCUUUCUGUGUUCUUGAACGAGAAGAAAACAUGCAAGUUCCCGCAUUUUAUAGCUUUCUUUAUACGAAAGAAAAAUUCGAUAAGUCGUAAUAUUUAGAACAAAAGAAUGUAAUGUAUAGUUUAAAAAAAGAACAUAUAUUCAGAUGCUCAACACAUUAAUGAAGAAAAGUAAAAUCCGUACUUAAGGGUUGAAAUAUCUUUUUUUACUGGCGCAAUAAAAACAACAUGCUAAAUUAUUUUCAUAAGAUAUGUAAAAGAAUUAUGUGGAAAAGUAACAAAAUAAUUAAUAAAUAUAUAUUAUCUGAUUUUACCAUGUAAA